UUCUGAACACAUCAAUCUCAUAGAGAUUUUUUUCUGAAUAUUUUUAUUACUGAAGAUGAAAUUCAGUUCAACCCUAAGCGACCUUCUACAAAAUAAAACAGAUCUGCAUUCGUAAAAUUAGGCAAUAUUGGCCAAAGUUAGUUGACUUGUCUAGAUGGCCUACCUCUUUGGGGAAUGGCUGGAAAUCGAUAGUAUUUACUUCAUAUAUAUAUAACAAGUGUUUAGCACCAAAAACCCAAAGUAUGGGCGCACUGGAAUGGAGACUUGAGUAAAAAUAAAUCACGUGAUUGUGACUGCUUUUCUUGCGUAUUGGGGUCAAAGAGGCGGGAUACCUAUAAGAAACCGCCAGGUGAGAGUAUGGCGUCAUUUCUGAGACUAUUGCAGAAGAUAAGCAUGUUCUCCAGCAAGCGGAAAAGAGGCAACGCCGCAAAGCAGACGAUCGUCGUCGAAAAGGCGCCAAAUUCUGUUUCUACUGGGAAUCUUAGCUCUAGUAAGAAGGAAUACUUUUCUUUAGGACGAGGGAGAGUAGGCUUAACUGGAACUAUAACAGAGAAGGAAUUUGAAAAUCUUCAUCAUAGAAUUGACAAGCUGUUAGCGAAGCUUGACGACAGUGAAAUAGAUGGAAUACAGGCUGAAGAAGAAGAGUGUGUUGUCUGUCUUACGGCAAAGGCUACUAUGCAAACCUUCCCAUGCGGCCACAAGAUUGUCUGCCGGAAGUGUUUUAUCAAGACCAUCCAGGUGGCGCUUUCGCAGCGCUGUCUUCCGCUGAGGUGUGUAAUUUGCCGCACGGCCAUUCUUAAAGUCCGACAGACGACCACUCACCAGAAAUCAAAGAAACUGUGUCAAAGUUCACAUACCUCCAGGUUUCUCUGUCGCGCUAAGUCUAAGAAACCACCAUCUAAAGGAAAGUGAAUCUUGGCGGUUAGAUAUGACGUCACAAAGCUUCCAGAAUUCAAUAUUCAAAGGUGUUUUUAUUGGUUUCAGUUUUAAACUUUCGAUAUCAACUGCGUCAUAUCAAAAUACGUAAAUUGUAGUGUUUUGUAUAAUGUAUAUGCAUUUUUUGUAGCAUAACUACUUGACUGUAUUCCUAAUGUUGUAUUUCACUAUAGUCAUAGUGAGAAAAUGCGCAAAACUAAUAUUUUACAAGAUAUACUUGAUUAUUAUUAUACAAUUCUAGAUUUUUCAAGAUGAUGCAUAUAUUUUUGUACAAUAGAAUCUCAACAUUUCAAUGUAACUUAUGAUGUUGAAAAUAAGUUAGAUUUUUCACUUUGAAUUGUAACUUACGUUUAUUAAAACAUACUUUACUGAACACAUUUCUGACGGAUUUAGUCAUUAUUUGAGAAAUGGGUUUGCCAAAUGCCAAAAUUUGUUGUUUUUUUUAUCAAAGUAGUACAGCAUAUAUAAAAGCUAGGGAAAUAAGUAUUUAUUGUUUUCUAUGUCUACCCUCUUGAAUAUUGAAAUAUGUAUUUAAGCACUAGGCAUUGCACUCUAGGCCUAUGUAACUGCAUGAGUUUUUGUUAAAAUGUAUUAAACUAUAUAUAAUGUAUAAAUAUGCAUGAUCUGCGUUAGCUUUAUUAACUUAUUCAAAAGAAAAUUGCUUUUGAAUUUUAAAAUUCAAUAUCAAACUAUUAUUAUUAUUUGUUUUGUUUUUAUUUUUACUAUAUAUAUUUUUAUUUGAUUUCGUGCAAAAAACUUUAUUUUAAAAUUCUAGCUUUUCGUAACAUACAGAUAUAUCUGUAUAUGAUGCAUGUUUACUUUUCCGAAGUCAAUUGACUCCGGAGAAGAAAAAAUCCACUGAAUUAGAGAAGUGUUCAUAUUCAGAAAAAUACGAAAUAAAAAUUAAAAUAUAUUAAUGACAUAUUUAGUUUUAUUUUUGAUUUAACCCUUUUUUCCUGUUCUUUACCACAACUUACUAUUUAUCAGCUCUAAAAACAUUCGGUGAAAAAAUCCUUGGUAAUAAAUAGGUGCGAAUAUAUUUUAAAAUGUAAAAAGUUAAUUUCAAAAAGUUAAUAAAUUUCAAUUGAAACUUUUUUUUCAGUUCUUCUAAUGCUCCAUGUUAACAAAAAUCUGGAGUACAAAUUGUAGAACAUUUUAUUCAACCGCUGAAAUAAACUGGAUAAAGAGUGAAAACUGUGAUAAAAAGCAAUUAAACGUUUAAAUUUUGCACUCAGUAAAAAUGCAAAUUUCUUCUCGAUAUAUGAUCAGCCAUAACUUCCCAGCGAAGAAUAUAUACAUAAUCAGAUACCAGUAUAUAAUCAGUAGCACUACAUUUAAUUAAAAGUUAUUCUUUCAAAAUUGAAGAUCUUUAAAAUUUUGAUUGGGUUCCAUUAAAGUAAUUAUUUAUUUUUAGAUUAGAUUGUGUGACUUUAGAAAUUUCAUUGUUUUUAAGAGUAAUCCUUUUUAAACAAAUAUACAGCCACAGCUAAUAAUGAAAUGUAAAGCAUAAAGAGUUGUUAAAUAUAAUUUGUAUUUUGUAUUGUUCCCACAAUAUAUAAUCAGAGUUCCAAGGAAUAUAUCAAUAUUUUAAUUUGUAAAUAUAGUUUAACUGCUUAUUUCGAUAUUUUAUUACAAUUUUAAUUUUUACUUAUUCCUAAGUAAGUUACUAACUUAUCAAAUAAUAUGAUUUUUUUUGUAACUUCAAUUCAUAAGUCCAAAUAUUAUUGUUAUGUGUGUAUAAAUAUUCUUUAUUUUCAAAGAUGGAAGAAAGUUUCAUUCAGUCUUUCACAAUGGCCAAUACCUAAAAAUGUAUAUAUAUACAUUUUAUGUAUUUUGUGUUUUUUAUAUCAUUGUAUAAUGAAGCAAUAGAAUAGCGAUUUCCUUGUUUUGUAAAAUGUUAAACUGAAAAGAAUGUUAAUUUUAAAGAAUAAUU